CAGAGUAGAUGUUGUGGAUCCUUCCAUAAUGACCAUCACCAAGCCAGACUAACCCGAGGCCAACCCUCAGAGCCAGACUGGCAGCCGGCCGGGGGCUGAGCCUGAGACCCCUGCUGUAGCGGUUCAGAACAGUGGAGGAUGACUCAGCUGGAUCUUCUGGAGAUGAAAGGAGGUUCAUCUAUCUGAGACAAAGACAAAUCUAACAAGCCUAUACCGCCUCCUCCCCCGAUGGGAAGGUAUCUGGGGAACUCUUCCCAAAUGAGUGAAUCCUUACUUCAGGAAAGCAGCAGGUCUAUGGGAAAAAUAUCCCAGGAUGCUCUACUCUGAUGGGACCACCUCAACACCACCAAGCCAGCUCCCUUGACAGUUCCCUGCCCAACACUCCACCCCCAUGGCACAGAUGACAGAACCUUGCCCCUGGGACUCUACCCUACUGAGCACCCUGGCUGGGAAAGGGAACAAUGGACUACUGGUCCGAAAGCAGAAGGGAGACACCAUGACCAUCCACUGCAGCACCUCUCUACAAGACCAAAAAAACCUGAGUGUGUUUAUGCGCCUGACAAAAAAUAUACUAGUCUUCUACUAUUACCAGGAAACAGGAAAAAUCACCAUCCAUGAAAGGUUCCAACUCAGAUUGACGACUAACGGAGGACUCAACAAAAUGGACAUCACCAUCACAAACCUGACCAUAGAAGACUCUGGGGCCUACUGGUGUUUGUACGGUGUUUCUAAGAAACCCAAAACUGAGGGGGAAGGAGCUGUUUUGCUGGUGGUGAAUGAUGACCAGAAUGGUGCGUCCUCAGGGCUAGGCAUUCCCAGGUAUCUGGUGCUGGUCUCAGCUGUCACUGCUGGCUCUGUGCUUCUCCUGAGUCUGGUUAUCCUCUUCAUCUGGGUCAUCCCCAGGUUAAAGGCAUGGCGUUCAACGAUGAGACCAACACAGGUCAGGACUAGCGACGUCUAUGAAGACAUGCGCACCACCAUCAGACGUGCGCACCACCCUUAGAUGGGUUGUUACUGAUGUUGCACGGCAGCCAUCUUUACUUUGGGUCCAAACGGAGGCCCAUGUCAGCUGACUAGGAGACAAUGAUGUCAACAUACUGUAAUACAUGAUAUCAACAAAGGACCUUGAAAGAUAUCUUCUCAGGUAGUGUUUAGUAGCAAGGGCUUGCAUCAUUGAUGUACACUUAUGUCAGUCAUUCAACCUCAAGGCAAGCUACCUAUAUACUGUAGCUACUUAAGUAUACACAGCAUUGUAUGUGACUGACAUCACACACUGUAAAUGGUUGUUCAUACAGAGGCUAGGAGAAUGCUUUUUAUGGUCCUUGACCCUGAUGCAGCAGGUAAUUUAACUUGUGCAUGGAAUUUCAACAUCUUUAGCCGUACAUUCUAUUUUGCUGUAUAGAUUGACAAUAUAUUUUUUUACCACUUUUAAAUGUUGAAUUGAUUCUCAAUUGUAUAUUUUUGUUUACAUAUUUGAUGGCAUUGGGCCUACGCCUAUUUUCCAGGCGUCAGCCAACUUUUACUACUAUUUAAUUUUAAUACUUUUGCAUGCUUUAGUUCCUGUACUGAUCAUGUUGUUCCUGUAAUGAUAGUCUACAUAAGACUAACAGUUCUGUUUCUGUGGUCACUGUGGCAUCUCAUGUUUUUCACAACAGUUUUGUGAUGUUUGCAUUUUAAGAACGCCCAUCAGCAGGGCUCAUCUCUCUACAGGAAAACAAGUCUGUUUUUUUAUAUUUACUGGACAGGCUGGGGUUGGUCUGUCCGGUAAUGCUGUCGCCUUCCAGAACUUAUUGUAUGGCCCACUAGCUAGCUGGGAUCGAAUCACAGGUCUACCUCUUUACUCAAUACUGUUUUUCCCUUCCAUUCACUCCUGUCUCUCUCAUUAAAUCACAAAAAAUACAAAAAGGAGUGGAAACCCACUCUCCUUAAAAAAAUAAAACUGUAUUCUGAAA